CCUCCUAUUCUCUACAUCAAACGAGGGGAGGAGGAGGAGGAGGUGGGGGAUGGCUCGUGCGGCGGUGGGGAUCAUCUGAGCGCGAUGGAGCUGCUCGUCAGCGUGGCGGUGCACCUGCUGUUCGGGCUCUACAUUCUGAGCACCGCCGUCGCCUCCGACCUCUCGCCGGCCACCGACUGCUUCCGGCCGUCCACCUUCAACUUCGCCGCCGCCGCCGCCGACCGGGAGGGGAGGCGCGGGAAGACUGCCGUCCUCGACUCGCCGCAGCCGCCGAUCGUCCUCGUCCACGGCAUCUUCGGCUUCGGCAAAGGGAGGCUCGGAGGGCUCUCGUACUUCGCCGGAGCGGAGAAGAAGGACGAUCGCGUUCUCGUGCCGGAUUUGGGGUCCUUGACCAGCGUUCAUGAUAGGGCACGUGAAUUGUUUUAUUAUUUGAAAGGAGGGCAAGUAGACUAUGGAGAGGAGCACAGCAGGAUUUAUGGCCAUUCCAGAUUUGGGAGAAUUUACGAAGAAGGGCAUUAUCCUUUAUGGGAUGAGCACAACCCAAUACACUUCGUUGGGCACUCGGCAGGCGUGCAAGUGGUGCGAGUAUUGCAACAAAUGCUUGCCGAUAAGGCAUUCAGCGGCCACGACACUUCCGAUGAAUGGGUAUUAAGCAUUACUUCCUUAUCCGGUGCUCUCAAUGGAACCACCAGAACCUAUUUCGAUGGGAUGCAGCUGGAAGAUGGAAGGGCAAUGAAAUCCAUAUGCCUGCUUCAGAUCUUGAGGGUAGGAGUCAUCAUCUAUGAUUGGCUCAACAUAUCUUGGCUUAAGAAUUACUACAAUUUCGGUUUCGACCACUUCGAAAUGGGAUGGCGAAAAGCGGGUAUUUUGGGGCUUUUCGAUCUGCUUCUUGGAAACAGUGGGCCUUUCGCUUCUGGGGAUUGGAUCCUACCAGACUUAACAAUUCAAGGCACGCUCAUGGUAAAUUCAGGUCUCCGAACCUUCCCCAACACAUACUACUUCAGCUACGCUACGAAGAGGACAAGGAAGUUUUUGGGCUUGACAAUACCUGCUAGUGUUCUUGGAAUACAUCCGUUGCUCUUUUUAAGAGUCUUGCAGAUGUGCCUGUGGCGUUACCCAACUAAUGUGCCGCCGCCCUACAAAGGAUACAGGGAUGAAGAUUGGGAAGACAAUGAUGGGGCACUUAACACAAUAUCGAUGACGCACCCUCGCCUACCUAUAGAACACCCAAGCCAUUUUGUCGUGGAUGAGUCAGAAUGCCAUCCUUUACAGCCAGGAAUAUGGUACUACAAAAUCAUAGAAGCCGAUCACAUCCUUUUUAUCGUGAAUCGGGAGAGAGCGGGAGUCCAGUUCGAUCUCCUAUAUGAUGGCAUCUUCCAGCGUUGCAGAAAGCACGUAUUUAGGACGAGCCCAGUGGCGCUGCCGAAUCAAAGCAACCGAUAGCUCAUUACUUUUUGGAUAUAAGAGAUCGCAUGAAGGAGCAAACGAGUAAAGCAGAUUCAUUGGUACCUUCUUCCCACAUUUUUUUUAGCCUUUUCUUUUUAGGCUCUGUUAUAGAAUUUCGUUGUUCUCCAUUAUCAAGCUUAAGCAUUAGCCUUGUGAGGGAAAUAGAUGACAUGGUGAUCAAUGGGAUAAAUGCUAGAGCACUUCAUAGUUAUUGUUGUUGUUGUUGGUGAAGCUUUGGUGUACAUAACUAUUUGUUCAAUUAAAGAGUAAAAUUGAGAUUUCCAUUUACAA